AUGGACGAAGACGAAUGCGCCCGUCUACUCAGGACCGACAAGGAACAGCUGAUUCCAGGGCUUCAGAAGGAGUUAGAGUCAGCUUUGGCAAGAGCUGACUAUGUAAUGACCAAUGAUCUCACAGUCCUACAAGCCUUCGUCCUCUCUCUGAUGGCGUCCCGGUCCCAAGACCAAAACCGCCGGGCUUGGACCCUCCUGGGCCUAGCCGUCCGUAUCGCACAAGCAUUGUCUCUCCACAUCCCGGAGCCGCCGUUCCCCAUGCGGCCAUUCGAGCGAGAGAUGCGCAGACGCCUCUGGCACGCAAUCGGCUUCCUAGACAUAGAAACCGCCAUGGACCGCGCAUCCGAGCCGAUCAUGCAAGCCAGCUGGUUCGAAUCGCACCCGCUCGCCAACGUCAACGACACCGACAUCGAAUUCGACAUGAACCACCCCGUCCCGGACUCCGACGCCUUCACCGACAUGACCUUCACCCUCAUCAUCCUCAAAGCCCAAUCUGUCGCCCGCUCCCUCAGCUUCUCCGACUUCACCGAACCCGCCGUCAAAUCCAUGACCCUCCGCCAACAACUCGUCCUCGACUUCAAACACACCGCAUCCCGGCUCCUCCACACCGCCUCCCCCGACCGCAUCCCCUUCCACUGGAUGGCCCACCAAGUCGCCCAGUGCACCGCUGCCGCCCUGCAGCUCAUCUCCCUGCGACCCCUCCAGCGGACGACCAGCUUCGUCCCGCCCCGCGUCCGCGCCGACAGCCUCCUCAGCCUCGCCACCACCGUCCUCCAGCGCUCCCACAACCUCGUCGCCGACCCCCGCUCCCGCCCCUGGCGCUGGAUCGAACACCUCUUCGUCCCAUGGCACGGCCUCGCCGUCGCUAUCGCCGAGCUCUGCGUCUGCGACGACCCAGCGCUCAUGCACCGCUACUGGCCCCCCGUCGAGGCGGCGUUCGCGCGCCUGGGCGGGCUCGUCGCCGAUACCCGGAGGGGUCUUCUCUGGAAACCCAUCGAGAAGAUCAUGGCGCGCGCGCAAGCGCGGAGAGCACAGCUGCUGAGUGGCGGAUUCCCGGCGCCGCUGCCCACGGGUCUGGAUGGCGGCGCGUCGUCGUCUGCUGAGACGGCCACUGUCUCUCUCGCGCCGUCGGAUGGGAUCAGCCCGUGGCUCAGUGUGUGGGAUGCGAUGGAGUCCGGGGAUGCGGGGCUCGGCGACGCCGGCGAGGCUUCGUGGACGAACUACGAGGAUUUCAUCGGCGAUUUGUAUGAGAGCAUUGACUACUCGCUGAUGUCUACUUGGAGCGGUGCUGUGGGCUAG